AUGUUAACGGCACAGAGCUACUGGGAGGUCCCCGAUGGGAACCUCAGCAGUUUUGCGCAGACAUUUACAAAUGGAAACACAAUCGAUAUUGCCUGGCUGGGCUGGGCAGCGCUCUGGCUGGAGGAGUAUCUCAACAGUGUGUCGGUGAAUGAUUUAUGGGUGACUUCGUACAACUACGCCGAGGUGGAAUACGCUCAGUUGGUAGCAGAAAACCUGGAUAUAUCGACUGCUGGAUCGUACAGUUGGUUGAUCAACAUCACCGAGACUGGCCUGUCCUCGACGGCGGAAUAUGUGUUGCGCUUCAAGAACCCAGCCUCUCCACGGACGGACUACAACGAGACGACCGACCAGAUUUCCUCCAAGGGGUUUAUCAUUUUGGAGGAUUCAACAUCUACAUCAACAUCAACAUCUACAUCUACAUCAACACAUACAUCAACAUAUGCAUCUACAUCUACAUCUACACAGACAGCUACAACUACCUCUACAACACCAACACAUACAGAGACAGCAGCAGCAGCAGCAGCAGCAACAAGCACAGCCACGCUGAGCACUGGCGUCAAGGCAGGGAUUGGAGUUGCAGCAGGCGCAGUUUUGAUCCUCAUCGCUGUCCUGUUCUUCCUCAAGCGAAAGCCUGCCGUUCCCCCGCCUGAAUACACGUACGAGAAGCCAGAGUUGCCAGUUGAUAUGAAAGAAGCAGAUGGACAUGUUCAAGAAUUGCCGGUUAUGCAACACAUGCCAGAACUGCCAGGUAUAGCUCAUCUCGCCGAGUUACCGCCGCAGAGUGUAGUAGAAUUGGCAUGA